AUGACCUUUCGCGAUGUCGCAUUUGACAUGGAAUACGAAGAUACUAAUAGAGCCUUUAUACAGGCUUUCUUCGCAAGGAAUGUCCUGACAUUUGAGGAAGCAAGACCUCUUCUUGCUCACAUCUUCAGCGUGCAUGAGAAGCGGGAAAUCUCCAUUGCAGAUAUCACAGUAGAGGACUUCAACUCUAUGAUUGCAGCUGCGAACGAUGCGUUGUCUCCUCUCGACUACGUGAUACGUAGCACUCGUGGUCAAGAGGACAACGAAAGAUAUUAUGCUCUUGUCAACACGACCAGCGAUCAACUAACGCAGAUAGCGACGAUACACAGCAGCGACGAAAUCGGCUACGUGAAACGACUCCUCGAUGAGAUUUUCGAUGCUAACAAUACUGAGCGACGAGAGGCUAUGUGUAUUGCUGGCAAGGAUGCGCUGAACUUGACAAGAGCUGGGCGGCGAGAGACUCAAACCCAAAACGGCGAAAAUCAGGCUACCAAGUUUAACUUGACAGCCCAUGAGGCGGAGGUACUGCUUGCAAAACUCGUCGCCGAAGGAUGGCUGAAUAAGAGUCAAAAGGGUUUCUAUAGCCUCAGCCCUCGAGGACUGAUGGAGCUGAAGAUAUGGCUAGAGGAGACCUACAACGAUGAAGAGAACGAGUACAAGAAAAUCAAGACCUGCGAAGCUUGCAAAGAAGUUAUCACGGUGUUGCCAUGGGACGGCCAGCACUAUGUAGGUGAGAAAGCUAUCACAACGUCCGAAAGCUAUUUGAGAGGUAAGAGACGAAGCGGUGUAAGACCAGCAUCGGACGACAUUCAGGCAGACGAAGAUACUGAAGAGUGA